GUUUCAGUCAGACACGGGCUGCGCUACCGAACGCUUUCAACGUACCGAAGAGAGUACUUUAUAUCAAGAAAGUUCGCGAACUUUCAAUUUUUAGUCAAAGCUUAAAUGUGAUUUUUUUUUUCGUGGCAAGUGAUAUUAAGGAUUUGAUGUCUUGAACUGGAAAAUAUUUGGUACCAAAAAUGGCUUAAUUCCCAACAACUAAGUGACCCCACCAUGCGAUUGAAGCACCCGUUGUGUUUCUACUUUUUCGUGCAGCUCACUUUUGCUUACCAUCAAAAAAAUGACUAUUUCAAAAACCCUCAAAGAACUAAUACGAAAAAGUACUAUCCGGCUAGCUGGAGCGCUCCGGACGACGUCAAACUGAGACAUUCUACGUCGAAAUUUCCGCAUUUCGAUCAAAUCAAAGGUAGAAUAGACAAUUUGUAUAGUAAUAGUGAACGUAGUGAUAGAAACAACUUGUUUAGUGCCGCCAAGAGUGAUAGUACUAAAUAUUUCAAUAGUGAUAAUCGAUGGGGUACCGCUCCGAAGUUACGACAUCACGGUUACUCGAAUAGGGGUCGUACCAGUACGACUACAACAACACCAAGUCCGGACGAAGUUUUGUUUGAAAACUAUGGCGAUUUGGAUGAGGAAGAUGAUGAAAAAACGGAAGACGACUAUCCAGACAUCUUCAUCAAUAGCUCAGAUUAUGAUGAAAUGAAGGAUAGCGUCCAAGCUGAAGAACCAACAGCUACAACUACAAAAGAACCCAGUUAUGCAAGUUUGACAGACUACAAGUGGAACAUGCUUGGAACAAUGGAACGAGUGGAUCAGUAUAGAAAUAAAUAUUAUAAGCAGCAAGAAAAUAGGAAAUCUCCAGAAGAGCGAAGCAGAGAUGCAGCAGUGCAACACUAUUUCCGUGUGAAAAGUUCGGGUGAAUGCAAAAAUCCAAGUCCUAAAGUGAUCGCAGUGCACUCGGAACACCCUAAUCCUUCAGUCACUUACAUACCGCACUGUACGGUUUUGCAUCGGUGCGCUGAAGAUACAGGGUGUUGCAAAUACGACACCGCUUGUCAAUAUAAGGAGAGAGAGGAAGUUAGUCUGUAUUUUUAUGUGAAAGAAAUUGGAGGAGAUACUUCGAAAGUAGAAAAACUAACUUUCUACAAUCACACCGAAUGCGAGUGCCGAGAAAAAUCCGGGGAACCACCUAGCGCUACCGAAAGACAAAAACGAGUAGCGCCGAAAAAUCUACAACCAUCGAUUACCGACAAAGUACCCGAAAAUUUAUUAAUGAAAUGUAAAUGUCCGAAAGAGUUUCUUCCUAAAAUUAAAUCCGGCACAAAAUGUCACUGCGACUGUGACCAAAACAAUGAGGAUUGUAUGAGGAUGAAAAAAGGCAAAGAGUAUAGCAGCCUUGCUGAUAGAUUGUGUAUUCAGAAAAGAGAAUGUGGUAUAGUUACCUGCCAGUAUGGACCUUAUGAUAAGCAAAAAGGUCGCUGUCCGAAAUUUGAAGAAUCUUAAUUACGUAUUUGGAAUUUUUAUUUGUGAUUUUUAAGUCAUACUUUUUUUUAGUUUAAAUAAGAAAGGAUGUUAAUUUUUGUGUUUAUUCUAGGACAUUUUUUAUAUUAUUUAUUUUUGUAUUUUCAGUAGUUAUAAAAUUUAAGUGGAAAAUUAAUAUAAAACUUUUGUGAGGAUGUAGCUUCUUAAGGUACUUAUAUAUAAGCUUAGUUCAUAUCUAUAUAUGAGUCACUGGAUACGAAUUAAGCCUUUUAGAGUGAAAAAUUUAAAGAAUGUAUGUAUUUAUUUCAGCCAAAUCCUAGUCUCAGUAGUUUUUUGUGUAUUUAAAUUCACUUCGACAUUGAAAAAAAAAACAACUUUAUAUAAAUUAAUUUUAAAAUAAAAUAUACAAGGAGAAAAUAUUAAGCCAACAAAGCUUUAUUGUCCUAAUUCUUAGCAAAAU